UUGAAGUUGAAGCUGAGAACAAAGUUCCUGACGCUGAGGACAAGGUUCCUCACGCUAAGGACAAGGUUCCUCACGCUGAGGACAAGGUUCCUCACGCUGAGGACAAGGUUCCUCACGCUGUGGACAAGGUUCCUCACGCUGAGGACAAGGUUCCUCGCGCUGAGGACAAGGUUCCUCACGCUGAGGACAAGAUUCCUCACGCUGAGGUCAAGGUUCCUCACGCUGAGGACACGCGCGCGGACGUCGUCGUACAUUCUCGGCACUGAAACUUGUAAGUUAUGAUGUAGUUUUUAACUGACAGGUAGAGAAAUGAGAGAACUUAAAGCGUAGAUACUGCACCAUGCAUUAAACAUAGUCUUAAUAAACCUAUUAUUAUUAUAUUAUUUAUGUUUUCCGUGAAAUUGCUUUUUAAGACACGUGAAUCGUGAAACGGCUUUUUUUUUCGUUGUGAAACGUGAUCCAUACCCCCCUUACCACCCUCCUGAUAUCCAAUCUCGUAGCCAGAGCAAUGCCUGAGCGCAGGCGAGGAUGGCAUUGUUUUCCUGCGCUCAGGCAUUGCUCUGGGUCCAGAUUAG